AUGCCCAGACUCUCCACUGAAUUAGCCAAACAGUUUGAAUGUGCCAUACCAACAAUUAGUGAAAUUUUGUCAAAUAGUGACUACUGGCUUAAUAUUGAUGAAACCUUCACCAUUGGUACAUUUAAAAGAAGACGUCAAAGCAGUUUUUCUAAUAUAGAGGAAGCGUUAAGUCUUUGGGUAGAAACUACAGUAAGCGACAAAGUGACCUUAACUGAUUCAAUUUUGAGAGAAAAGGCUAGAAAAUUUGCUGUUUUGUUUAAUAAUCGUGAAUUUGAUGCAACUAAUGGGUGGUUGGAAGGAUUCAAAAAGAGAAACAAUCUAAAAUCUUACAAAAAGCGAGGGGAAGUGGGAAGCAUCGAUGUGGUCAAAUUGCCUGAGCAAUGUGAACAUUUGAAAUCGAUUCUAGAAGAUUAUAAUGAGUUUUCUCUACCCUCAAUCCCUGGGACAUACGUUACAAAAGAAAUUGAGGUGAUUAAAAGAGGAAUAGCAGAUCUCAUUCAGCGUUUGCCAAUGGAUGAACCAAUCGAUAUAGAAGAGUACAUAGAUAUUGAUAGAAAUAAAGAAAUUUAUUCCUCUACUGACGAAAACAUUUUAUUCCAGGAGAUUGUAGAUACGAUUAAUCAUAUUGAUAUAUUAGAAGAGGAAGAACCUUUUGAAGAACGAAUUAUAACAAGCUCUGAAGCGUUAUUGGGGUGUGAUAACGUGCUUGCAUACAUUGCGCAAAAGAAUUUGAACAUUGACUUUUCUGUUAUAAAUACACUUAAUAAUUUGAGAAAAAAGAUUACUCAAACCAGUGCAGAAUUGGCGCGACAAAUCACUCUCAAGGAAUAUUUGAUAUUUGAUGCGUAG